GUGUACAAGCGCUUGUAAUGGAACACCGCCAGCGAGGUGACACCGGUAACGCUUCGUACAGUGGUUAUCUAGGUUAGCUAAUUGAAUUGAUAUGAUUUUCUGUUUGUCUGCUUGUUUGUGAACUCUUAAGUGUGAGAUAUUGUGCUUGUUCUUUUCGUAUUCAUACUCGUUGUCGAUUUACAUACUUAUUAGCUAGUUUAUAACUAGAAUAACUAGAAAUGGCAGGUUCCUUUAGUCUCCAGAAUGUGUUAGAGACGUUUAAGUCUUCUCUCAGUGACAACAAGGAAGUCUACAUCAAGUAUUACAUAGCAGGAUGGAGAGAGCUUGUGAGCUUCAUGAAUAGCCUGGGAACCGUGUUCUCCUUCAUCUCCAAGGAUGCAGUCAACAAAAUUCAGAUCCUGGAGAACUUCCUGGCAAGCGAGAAUGGGUCUCAUUACCUUACUAUCCAGUCUAUGGUAAAGUUCGAGCUGGACAACGAGCUGGUGGACCUCACCAAAAGGGCCAACCACCCGGAAUCGGGCUGCCGCACCCUCCUGAGGCUGCAUCGUGCCCUCCUGUGGCUCGAGCUCUUCCUGGAGCGUUUGCGCACCAGCACAGAGGAGAGCAAAACCUCCGUGAUGUGCUCAGAGGCCUACAAUGAAUCCCUGGCCCAGCACCAUGCCUGGAUCAUCCGGAAAGCCGCUGGGAUGGCGUUCUGUGCCCUUCCUGGACGGGAUGCCUUCUUCGAAGUGAUGAAUGCGGGCAGCCACCAGGAGGUGGUCAACCUGUUGGGAGAAGCUUUGCCCCUCAUCUCUGAAGUGUAUCAGAUUACAGAGGACUUGUAUGCAAAGAACAACCUGCUGGAGUUACCCUAGAAUGUGUGAGAAAGACAUCACUGAUCGGAAGCUCUGAUAUCUGCUUCACUUCUGUUUUCUGCAUUUUCCAGAAGCUUUACAGAGCAACAGUUAUGUGGAUGAGGGCAUAAUGUUUUUACAAGUCUCUCUGUUACAUAUGAUUGUUAUGUUGUGAAGCUUUCAGGAUGUGAAAUGCUGGCUUGUGUUUGUUGAUCAAAGGCUAUUUACAUCAUUUAACAUUUAGCAGGCCAGAAGAAACUGAUGGAUGGAGGACAUUUAUGAUUCGCUGCUAUAUGACAUAGUUGCUUAAUGGGGAAUUAUGACAAAUAUUCAAAAGAGAAAUAUAAACACUGCAUUCUUCAGUCGUAGCCUAUAUCUUGGGCCAUAUUGACGGCUCAAGAUAUAGGCUAGAGAAACUUACCAACUUGUUCACAGUGGUGGUGAGAGGAGCCAAAUGUCUAAAGUGGUUAAGGUAAUUUCCACUUUCUGCAUAAAUUAAUCAAUAAAAUGCAAACAAGUCAUCCAGAAUGGUAAAAUAUGAAAUGCUUUGUUCUAGAGAAACAGUGGUGGUGAUAGGAACCAGACAUCCAAAGAGUUUAAUACCUCUAAAAGCUACCUCACAGGACUUUAUUACACAAAGCGUUAUUAAUAUGCUCUGAGAAACUGUUUUGCAAUUCGUUUUUGUUUUAACAUGUUUUUUAAAAUUCAUUUAUGGUGGAGAGAUACAUGCAGGGCAUUGUGAAGCAAAAUAGUCCCCAAAGAAAUGUUUUUCAGAUUUACCACUAUUUUACUAUCAACAACAUUACAUAUAAAAACUCAAAAGACUUGUGUACUGUUCACCAGUCAUUUUGGACCGUAAAUAAAACGGCAAAAUUUGCAUCAUAGACAUUAUGACCCCUGGUUCCUAUCAUCACCACUGUAAAGAAAUCUGACUUGCUAAGUUUCUUUACAGUUAACUAUUUCAUAUUAAAUAACUCUGAAUGCCAUUGUUCACAUCUCAACUAUUGAGUUGCGUUGAAAUGUUUAAAAAUGCCUCUAAAAGCUACCUCACAUAAAGCUCUUAUACAAAACGUGUAUGGAUAUGUUGCCUGAUGCCUGAGGCAUCAGUUUACGAUAGUUCUGAGAUAAGGUUUAGGUUCAGAAAACAUAUUUUUUUAAAUAUAUGCAGGAUGUGUCCGCCACAAUAGUGCACAAGGAAUACAUAAAACACAAUCAUGUUCUGGCUCCCAUCACCACCAUUUUAACUUUGAGGCAAUGGAUAAUUAAAAAAAAAGUUAAGUUUUUCUACGAUGCACCAAGUCACAUCAAACCACCCUGAUCGGCUUUACAUAUCAGUGACUGAAUUAUGCAGAAAUUUUGAAAAUUUGAUGGAAUUCCCCUUUAAUAAUGGGGCCAGCUAGUCAUUCAUGCUUAUUUUAACUUUUCAGUAACACUGGUAAGUGACCAAGGUUGAAUAUUAAAAAUAGUCACUGUAUGUAUUUAUUUUUGGUUGAAAGGGACAUAUUGAAUGCAAUUUCCAUAAUAUUCUGUGGUGUUUAGUAAACAUAUAGCCAUAAUGUAUUACAUACUGGGUAAUAUGUGUGUGUUACAUAUUGUAAAGGUUAAGAAUAUGUAUUAGAUUAUUAUCACAUUUUCAAUAUUACACUAGGAAAACAAAUUUUAUUGGACGUUCUGAUGUAAUACUGCACAUAUUUACAGUCUUUACACUAUGAUCCUGUUGUUUAUGUGUCUUUUCCUGUAUGUAAUAAGUGAAUGUUGGAGAAACGGGCAUUUGUGCUACACAGCUGACCAAGGAGAAAAUAAAAUGACCAUAUAAUCAAACCA